GUCACAUCAACAAAUCCAUCCUUAAUUCAGUCUCCACUGCAAUUGUAUAGAUCGCGGAGUUCACGAAAUCCGCGUCGCAAAAAUUGGCUUUCAAAUUCCUUUGAAAUGGAACAAAAAAUGCCAAGGUCUUGAACUCAACAAUUCAGCAUCAGCAACAACAGCUUGGGUGUGUUUUUCUUCAUCGUCCGCAUGUGGUUUUUUUUUUGUAUUCUCUGCUCAGAAACAACGAACGACGAUCACGUGCGACUUGAGUGAGCAAAAUCUUUGGGACUAAUCUCCAGCGACCCGAACCAAGUAACAAAUACACAUGUAACUGGAGGCAAACACUUUGAGAAAAAAAAGCAGCUAGGCCGAUCUCGACGAUCUCAAGUGUCCAAGUCAAACGAGGAGGAGUCCGGCCUCGCCGGAACGAAGGAAAGAAGCACAUCAGUUGGAAGGAGCGAGGAAACACGAUCGAGGAGGAAAGAAAGACCCAACGAGAGCGACGAAGAAGGAGAAGAAAAAGGAGGGUGAACACACUCGUGGCUGAAAACACACUCCUCCGAGGACCGAAGAAGGCGACGGUGGCAAAGACGAUCUCGACCGAGUUCAGGCCUACGAUGCCAUAAGUCAAGAUGUGACUUGCCAGACGGAGGUAAAAACGCGCCGAGGAUAAGUGCCAUUUCUUGGGGGUGUCCAUUUUUGUGUUGUUUAACAACAACUGUGGUGGAGGAAAUCCUCGUGGCACCAGCAGAGAGAAAAAAGUCCCAUCAGUCAGUCGUUUCUGGGUCGUGUGGUUGUGUUUGUGCUUCUGUCCUCUUCGGGGCUUGUUCCGCGAGUUCGAGAGAUUCGUACCAGGCAUGCUAUGGGCACUUGGCGGAUCAUCGGUGUGGGUUCUGAGUUAGGAUGCCUCGGAUGAGGCCUUAUUAUCAAGCCUGGGACACAUCCUCUCAACGUGCUCUUAAACUCAUCCUCGGCUUGGUCCUCUUGCUCUCCGUGAUCCCAGUUCUAUUCGCGGAUGAGUGGCAUCCCUAUCCUCGGAAGGCAGACAUCUAUUGGGAGUCCAAGAAGUUGAAGAUCUUAAAUUUGAACGCUUGGGGCCUGAGUUGGCCGUGGUCACUGGAUAGACGUGAUAGAUUUUUGGCCCUAAGAGAAAUCAUCGCCCUUAGUGACUAUGACAUCAUCCUUCUCCAAGAAGUUUGGUUCAAGGAAGAUUAUAAUGUUUUGCGACACACUUUGCCAUUUGUCACUUUCUUCGAGAGCUUCAAUGUGGAUUGCUCCGGGUUUCUGAUCCCAAUGGGCUGUUCAGGCUUAAUGAUCUUGAGUCGACAUCCAAUCGAAGAGGUGGACUUUAAACCGUUCUCCAAGCGUGGAAGCUUCUGGAAUUUUGACGGAGAAAUCUUUGUUUCUAAAGGGGUGGGAAGGGCUCGAGUGCGUUGGGAAGGACUCUCGGUAGAUGUUUUCACCACUCACUUCGUCUCAUACACCAACAACCCCAAUAACGAUAACUCUAAUUAUCGUUUCACCCAAGCUCUCGAAGCAGCCCAAUAUGUGGAGAGAUCCAAUGCAGACAUCAAGCUCUUUGGUGGAGAUCUCAAUGCCUUGCCUCUUCGCGGCCGCAAGCAGCCCUACUCGAUCUUGCGACGCGUGCUCAAGGACUCGUUACUCGAUAUUCAUCCAGAGACUUCUUUUCAUUCUUGGUUUGCCACGUUCGGCAACAUCAGGAACACCUAUACCCGUGAGGCUUUCCCCGAGCGGAUCGACUACCUCAUGUUCACGUCCAACGAGCGACACGUCAAGAUGCGAACUUCAGAGUUCACCAUGCCCAUGUUCAUGACGCGAAAUCAAAAGAACGAGUUGGUCAGUCUCUCCGACCAUGAGGCGUUGCACGUCAUUUUUGACGUCCAAAUGGCGACCCAAGCGGUCGGAUAUAAUGGUCGUCUCAGUAAUGCUAUUGAUGAUGAUGAUGAUGAUGAUGAUGAUAGCCAUGCUUAUUUUGAUCAUCGCCCACUUCGGUCGGAGGAACAACGCUCCUCCACAAACCUUAGUACUCUUCGCCAUGCCAGCGAGCUUGGCCCAGACCAAAGCUACCACGACCACCCUAACCGCCCUCAACAAGAGAACAAUUUCAAAAUGAACUUGACCCAAAUUGUGGGCGACUACAAAUAACCAAGGGUUGCCUUAUUGAGAGUUGUACCAAGCGCUCAUCAGUGAUCCAACAGUCAGCUAAAUGUGAUAUCAGUCUUCUAUCCUUCCUUCCCACGUUUCUCCUUCACCACGCACAGUCAGUGUGUGAUGCCUUUGAUCUCAUACAGAGGUUUAUCGUUUAUUUGUUGAUGAAUUGUGAAUUAUCGUUAAUGCUACUUGCCCUAAUUUAAUUUGCUUAGAUCGUCGUUGUUCAUCUACUACCACUGUUAUUUAUAUCAUUGUUGCAAAAAAACGUGCCAGUCUGACAAAAAAAGAAUAAACGCUGUUAUAACUAGAAGACAUCCAUCCGA